UUUCCUUCAAUUGGAUCAUUUCAAUUGGAUCUAUCUGAGAUCUAUACUGUUAUUGAAUAUCAAAUAUCUUAUGGUAUAUUUAAAAAUUUCAAAUGCCGGAAAACAGCAUGAAAGUGUAAUGAUAAUACGUACUGUAUUUAAAUUACUGUGAUAUAAAAAUGGAUUUGCCUUAUGAGGUUCUUGUGUAUAUAUUUAAAUACUUACCAAAAUCCGACAGAAAGUCUGCUAGUGAAACAUGUAACGCAUGGUACUUAGCAGCAAAUGAUUACUGUUUUUUGAAGAAAAAAGUAGUUAUCCUGUAUAAAGUGGAUUUAAAUUGUGAAACUUCACCAUUAGAAAUAUUUGAAAAUUCUGAAAUAGUCUAUAGCAACUUUCUUUUUAAAGAAGUGGAAAUAUCAAAUAAACUCAACUCCUUUUGGGAUAAAAAUGGUGAAAAUAUAAGAUGUUUGACACUACAAAACUGUGAUGUAAGAGAAUUAGUUUUUGUUAAUAUUUUACAGAAAUGUACAAAUUUAGAAACAUUAAAUAUAGAAAACUGCAAAGAUUUAUUCAUGUCUGGUUGCCUUUUGGAAGGUAAAACUGAUGGUUUAGUGACUGACAGCUUAAAAAACUUAAAAUGUCUAAGUUUGUCUGGAAAUCAGUAUUUAACAGAUGCAUUGUUUAGCAGAUUUGUCAAAACAGCACCAUAUUUAGAAGAACUAAAUUUAUCUGCAUGCUCUUUACAAUUUCAUUUGGGCCUAGUGAAGAGGUUCUAUCCACCUGGAAGUAAUAUUUUCGAAAAUCCUUCAGAAAGUGUCUUGACUUUCUAUUUUGUAUUGCAAUAUUUAGUUACCAGAGUGAAAAAUAUAAAAAGAUUACUAUUUUCGAAAACUUUAAUAGAUGGUGCUGCAUUGAAAUUGCUAUCAGAAACUGAACACUUAAGAUUAGAAUACCUUCAAGUGUACUCCUGCGACCAGCUAACAAAUACAGGCAUAUUAUCAUUGACAGCACACCAAAUAUAUUUAAAAGAUCUCGAUAUUGGAUUAUGUUCUCGAGUGACUGACCAAUCGUUGGUAUAUAUUUGUAGUAAUCUUACAAACCUGGAAAGUUUAAACAUACAGAGGUGCCGAGCUGUUACUGACACAGGAAUAGCAGAAUUGCAAAAGCUGAAAAACCUUAAAAAGAUAAAUAUCUCACAAUGUGAACUUAUAAGUAAAGAUGGUAUUAAAAAUGGCAUCUGUUUUGAACUAAAUUAUGUAUUAGAAGAAUUAGAUGUAAAUUCUCUUAACCUAGACCAGGAUGGACUCAUUAUGAUUUCAGAAAAUCUUCCCAAUCUAAAGUACUUAGAUAUCAGUUAUUGUUUCAAUGGUGUUACAGACAAAUCAAUACAAGCUAUAUUUAAAAAUCAAAUUCUAUUGCAUACACUGAAGUUAAGUCAUUGCGACAAAGUAUCAGACGCUGGACUAACAGGCAUGGGGAAAAUUGAUGAUGAGACUCAGGAUGAACCUGUAAUGUCCAACUAUAAUGAAUCUGUCUCUCAUAACAGAAUACAUUUAGGAUCCAGGGCGGAAGAAGAGAUUGUGCGUGAUGCGAAAAGAAAACAUGAAGUUAUGCGCAUGUGCGAAAAGCUGUCUAUGGACUCCUUUAGUGGUUACUCUUUGGCUCGAAUUAAGAGCCUCAAAGAGUUAGACAUCAGUGGUUGUAACCGAAUAACAGAUGUCAGUUUAACAUAUGCCUUUGCAUUUAAGGAACUUGUAAAUAUAAACCUUAGCCGUUGUCAACAAAUUACUCAUGAAGGUAUCAAACAUCUAGUCAAGAAUUGUCCUAGUAUUGAAUACAUUAAUUUAAUAGAUUGCUAUAAUUUAAAAGAUGAAGCUGUAAUUGAAAUUGUCAAAGGUCUGUACAGAUUACAGCAGUUGGAAUUAAGGGGAUGUAAUCAACUUACGGAUAAGACGCUGGAGGGGGUGAAAAACCACUGUCAGAAACUUAAGUUUCUCGAUGUUCAAGGAUGUCGCAAUAUGUCAGCGGAACUUGCUUGCACCAUCGGAGUGUUGCCGACCUUGCACACUGUACUCAUAUCGAAGCCAGGACCUUAUAUCUCUGAUGGAGUAAAGAGCAGGUCUCCAGCUUCCACCUUUCUACCAGCUCUUAUGAGAAAAUUGCGUUUGCAUUAAUUUUUUUCUUAAAUUGUAAUUCUAAUUAAGUAAUCAUUAGUUGCAACAAUAAUUAUUAUUAGCACUAAUGUUAAAUGUCAUGUGAAAAAAGUACAAAGUGCAAUAAAUGUAGAUUUAUGAUAUAUAUUUAAAAAAAUAAUUUUCUUUUACAAUCUAAUAAGUAUUAACACUAAAAAAUUAUAAAAUUAAUUAUAAGUAUUAAAAAUUACUACAUAUUUUUUGUAUUAUUCGGGAAUGCAAGAUUAUCAUUAUCAGAAGCUAAUUAGGUACCUAAGUACACACACAAUGUUAAACAAAUUUAAAGCAUAGCUACUAAUUUUUUGUUUUCUUUUUUACCACGCCUUGUUUCUUUGUCGACUCCUUGAAAGUCAAUUUCGUACAGCUUCAAACGGACUUGAAAAAUUGAAACCUUGUACACUUAUUUAUCAUUGAUGGGUGAUUGAUAGAUGAUCAUACAAUAAUUUCACGAGUUUAUCAUAAAGCGUGUUUUUUACAUACCUAUUCAUUGUUUAAAUAUAUUUAUUAAAAUGUUUAUGUACCUGUGAUAAUUGUACCUCAUAUGUAUUAAAAUAUACAUUGUUUUAUAUUUUCGUUUUAA